UCACAAGGAACCAAUCGUGGCAGCAGUGCGAUUAGAUUUGUUCGUCCCGAGACCGACCGCCUGAGGAGACGGGCAAUGUCUGGGGCGAUGAGAAACACUGCCGCUGAGUCGACUACCGAAACACACUUAACCCGCUCGCCCGACAGACCAACGCGCCAUACCCACGACUCCUCUCCUCCGGCGAACAUUGGGGAUCCGGCUAGCUGGCUGCUCCCACGGCCCUUCCGGCAUGAAGUAGAGUUGCCGUUUGUUGGGGAAACCCCCUACGAGGAAACCGAAGAAACCGAGAGCGCCUGUGAUAUUGCUAGUCUCUCAUCCACAACAUCCUUCAGCCAAACGCAGGGUAACUCCAGAGCUAGCACUCCAGACUCUCUGAGAAAAGGAACACAUGGCAGCCAAUCAAUGCGUUCCCCCUAUUUCCGAAGGGGCGAGUCGACGCCCGGGCCGACCGAAGUCCGCAGCAGCAGCCCGUUUUACGAUACCGUAAACGCCAAACCCCUCCAUCACGAGUUCUCAACAACUGCUAGAGCCACUGAAUCAUUUCCCGGUGGUUCUUUCGCUCGUCGUGAGUCGAGCAAUUUCCCACAACAGUCGAGGUUCACCGCGUCAAAUCAACAACAACCACCCAAUGAUUCAACGGACAACACACAAAACCACGGCUACUCCGAAGCUCAAGCGUCAUUGUCUUAUGACUCAGAUACACGACCACUGAAAAAUCAUCCGUCAACCACGUUCCGCGCGCGGCUAGCCUCUCCGAGGCUGUGGCGUACCCAUGACACCAACUCUGAGUGUGGCUAUGGGCCGUCCGUUGUGAGCGGAGCGGUAACACAGACGCUUACCCCAAACACGUCUCCAUAUCAACGACACGCAACUGGAAUGACCGAACAAGAGACCGUUGGCAAUACAACCAGUCAUACUUUUCACGGUAGUGUUGUGGACAAGCCCGGAGAGCAGUGGUGCGCCCCAGCCCAUGUCAAUCGACAACCCCCGUUGCCCCGUUACGAAUACCAGGAUUCUUCAAUUAUCAGCCCAUUGUCACGCCCAAGCGCUCCCCAGAACGCUCCGCGGCCGAUUGCCAACCUCGACAAUGAUCGUCCGGGAACAUUGCGUCAGAGGGCGGAGUCGGGGGGUCUGAAUAUCCUUGACUUGGACUUCAGUUCCGACUCUGAAUCUGAUGGCGAGGAUGUUGACUCUCGCUACAACCUCGGUGCGGGCCGCUCCCAACGCGGCAACAAAGGACAGAAACCCCAGUCGGGCGGUGUCGAGCCUAUGGAUGAAGAAGAUCGCGUCGUGUGUGCCAUAUCUGAAAGCCGCUCGUCAGACAUGAUUGGCGUGGCAGUCAUCAACAUGACAGUAGGAGAAAUCGAUCUGUUCAGGAUUGUCAAUGAUGACAGAUACCACCGGCUUGCCGAGACUUUGUGGGGGACGUCGACCUGGCCACAAAUUUUCGUUGUGCUCAAGAAGGCUAUGGACCAACACAGCAAGUCGACAGUCACCGACUGCCUGGAAAAGGAGUUCCCUCACGCGGAGAUUGUGCCCCUGGAUAGAGAGCACUGGAACGAAUCCGAAGGCUUAAAAUUAAUUGGCCGCUUUGCUUGGAGGGCAGACAUCAAAGCCAUCCUUCAGGAUCUCGAGCGGAAUUUCUACGUCUCAUGUGCAUUCUCUGCGGUCAUGGCGUACGUCGAAGAGGAAACCGAAGUGACUUUCAGGGAUAAUUCUUUGCGAAUUAGGUACAGGCAGCCUGCCGAUACCAUGGGCCUAGACCGGUCCACCAUUACUUGCCUGGAGCUUUUUCAGAACGUUCGGAAUUCGAAGGGCACCACGUCAACUCUAUUUGGAUUGUUGAACAACACACUUACGCCUCAAGGCCGUCGGAUGAUCCGUUCCGCUCUUUUCCAACCAAGCACUAACCGAGAACUGAUUACCGCGCGCCACGAAGCGGUUGAGGAAUUGUCGAGCAACGAAGAUCUGUUCACAGAGGUGCGAGCGAGCCUCAAGCGGCUGUUCCAUAUUGACGUCGAACGAUCCAUCCCAUGGGUUACGUUGAAUACCGCAGAGUUGCGUGUCCCUUUACAAGACGGGGUAGCUCUGAUUCAAGGCCGCCAUCAGAUCUCGAUGCCCAGCCACGAGGAGCUCCAGGGAGCAGAAAAGGACAUGAAUCAUCUUCUUAUGGUCAAAGCAUACCUCGGAGGUGUCCAAUCCGUCCAGGAGACACUCGAGGCGGCGGGUUGUACUAGCAAGCUGUGCAAGUGGGUGCUUUUCAAGUGCCGACAGGAGAACACAGCCCCAAUUGCUACCUUUAUUGAAGGGUCCAUUGAACAGGACGCAAUAUACAGCAAGGCACCCAUCGAUAUCAGAAACAACAGAAUGUGGGCUGUCAAGGCUGACCCUCAUAGCGUUCUAGAUGGCGCUCGUCAGAUGUACCGGGACUGCACUAACGAGAUGCACCAGUACGUCGAAGAGCUCAACACGGUGUUUCAAGAACACUUAGGCACCGCGCCGCAGCUUCGGUUGGCAAACGACAACCAUUACUACCUACGAUUCCAGUGGUCGGAUGUCGAACGAGAACUAAUGAGAAGCGAAGUAGCCUCGGAGGAUGAACGGCCAGCUCGCAUGCAACAUCGGAGACCACGGCUCCUGGGCGGUGUUGGGAUCGUCAAUGGAAUCCGGCGGAAACACCACUACGACUGCCAGACAUUAGAGCUCAUCCAACGGAGCAGCCAGAUCCAGCGCCACGCCGACAUUGUUACAGCGCAAUGCGACACAUUCAUUAUGGAGCUCAAGAAAUCUCUACUGGAGCAUGCGGAGGUCUUGCUCGCCGUCAACGAGGCCAUCGCCGUCUUGGACAUGUUGUGUUCCUUCGCGCACUUGGCCACCACCCAGAACUAUGUCCGGCCCAUCAUUUCCGACAAUCUGGUUCUCAAAGGCGCUAGACACCCCGUGGUGGAAGCCAGAAAGCAAAACUUUGUGCCAAACGAUGUCUACUUGGGAGACCAUGGCGCCCGUUUUCAAGUCGUCACUGGCGGAAACAUGAGCGGCAAGAGCACCUUUAUCAGAUCCGUUGCACUAAUCCAGAUUCUGGCGCAGGUUGGUAGUUUUGUUCCGGCUACGUAUGCUGCAAUUCCCGUCUGCGAUCGUCUUUUCACCCGCCUGUCUACCGAAGACAAACCCGAGAGUAACCUGGGAACUUUUGGGGUGGAAAUGACCGAGAUGAACAUGAUCUUAAGGCGGGUUACGGACAAUAGUCUCGUCAUCAUCGACGAACUCGGCCGAGGAACUUCAACUAAGGAAGGGCUCGGCAUUGCUCUUGCUAUGUCAGAGGAGCUCAUCAAGACUGGAUGCCGGGUGUUCUUUGCAACCCACUUCACUGAGCUCGCAAGAAUAUUAAACACCACAAAACAGAGCAGUGUCCUCAACGUCCAUGUGGUUGGUGAGAGUACCAAGACAGCCGAUACUACACAAAUCUCCCUGCCGCACACUAUCGCGCCUGGGCCGGUGAAGAACGAGGACUACGGUCUGGACCUCUCUCGCCGCUUCCUCCCCGAACGAGUCGUCGACAAUGCCGAGCAAGUGUGUAAUUUCCUUCAUCAAAGAGGCUCGAACCGAGGCAUCGGUCCCGCUACUCGCGCUGCGAAGCAAAACAAGCUGAUCCUCGCCCUUCCGGGCCUUCUCAAACAAGCCAAUGACUCGACCAUGGACGAGUCGGCGCUUGCGUCGUAUCUCAAAAAGCUGCAAACGGAGUUUACCAUUAGGAUGAACAUUGCUGCCGAUGAUGACGCGCAACAGAGCUUGGCUGGCAAGGACAUUGAGCCGGCUGUCGACCUGCCGACUCUGGCAAAGCCAAGCGAGGAAGAGCGCGGGGAGUGGAGAAAGAAGUGUGACGCUGCAGAGAGCAGAGUGAUGCACGCCAACAUGGCUCUGCCCGAUGACAAGAGGCGAGUCUCGCCGACCGGCAAGGGCACCGAAUCCUUGUUAAACAGGGUUAGAGCUGGCAUGGAGGACGACGCGACGGGCACGAUAUCCCAGCCAACGCCAAUCAACCGGGGCUCGAUGAUCGAGGAGCUUCGAAAAGGGGCAUGCACACCAACCACGAGGGUAGCGACCCCUAGCAGCGUCACAACAGAUCUCCCAGACCCGCACGCCGACUCCAUCAUGAGCGACGUGUUGACUGGAGACAACACACCAAAAGAAGUCGAUAAGUUGACCGGAAACCGACCACGGGCCAUGUCAAUCUCCUCCGGAUCGAACUACGACGAGGAGAUGCUAGACGUCGAUGAUGAAGAGAACUUCUCGCCGACAGGCUCUGAGCAGCACCCCGCUGCCGGAGCCUAUUUAGACGAUAUGCAGCCGUUGGAGCGGUUUCAGCCGCUCAGAGAUUGGUAUGCCCGCGAUCAGGCCGCUGAGCCUUCGGGCGCGGCGCCUGAGGAGAGAUCGGCCUGUAGGAGUCUGGGCCGGAGUCGUUCUGCCACGCAGGAGUUCUUGCGUGGUCUUCAUGAGGAGGUGGGGGAAGGAUCCCAAGGGGAGGGUAUGGAGCUGUAGUGGUGCGGGGCUGGGUGCUUUGGUUUUGAUUGCUAGGGGGGCUGAACGGGCGUUUUGACUGAGUAGAUGGCUGCUGAAAUCGAGGGGAAUUUGCACUGGUGAAUUUGCUGGGGAAGUGGCGGGGGAUGAGAUUACAAUGUUGACAGAGAAGAGGUGAGUGGGAUCGAGUCGAAGCUGGGGUUUAGAAACGUUGCACAGGAGGACUCGAUUCUUCUUCCCGAGUUAGAUCUGGCUUAAUAAGGGCUAUGGUCCUCGGCAGGUUCCUUUUUGUCACCGUUGUACUGCCUUGGUGUCGUUAGACGUUUUGGAACCCAUAUUCAGGGGUCACCGAGACGAUAUCCCAGUCACAAGGGGA